UUAGGUUUAUUUAUUCAUCCCUGGACAGCAGCCAAAAACUUGCUUAAAUUUUUACGCAAAAUUACGUGUCUCGUUUGACAAUUAGCAAUAUGGUUGACAAUCUACCACCCCUGGAGCCCAGUCUACAAAACUUGGUUGAGCAAGAAUCUCUGAAAUGGAUAUUUGUAGGCGGUAAAGGCGGCGUGGGGAAAACUACUUGCAGCUCCAGCUUGGCCGUGCAAUUGUCAAAAGUACGCGAAUCUGUGUUAAUUAUCUCCACAGAUCCGGCUCACAACAUAUCCGAUGCAUUCGAUCAAAAGUUUACCAAGGUGCCGACCAAGGUAAAUGGAUUUGACAAUCUGUUUGCCAUGGAAAUCGAUCCAAAUGCUGGAUUGGGCGAAUUGCCCGACGAGUAUUUCGAAGGUGAGAACGAGGCGUUGCGAGUCAGCAAGGGUGUAAUGCAGGAGAUGAUCAACGCGCUUCCCGGCAUUGAUGAGGCAAUGAGCUAUGCUGAGGUCAUGAAGCUGGUGAAGGGCAUGAAUUUCUCUGUGGUCGUCUUUGAUACGGCGCCUACGGGUCACACACUGCGACUCAUCGCAUUCCCACAAGUCGUGGAGAAAGGCUUGGGCAAACUGCUGCGCCUUAAGAUGAAGCUGGCACCACUACUCUCACAAUUCGUCUCCAUGCUGGGCAUGGCCGAUGUGAAUGCGGACACGCUGUCACAAAAAUUGGACGACAUGUUACGUGUCAUAACGCAAGUCAACGAACAAUUCAAGAAUCCGGAUCAAACGACUUUUGUUUGCGUUUGCAUUGCCGAAUUCUUUUCUCUCUACGAAACGGAGCGUCUGGUGCAGGAGCUAACCAAAUGCGGCAUCGAUGUGCACAAUAUAAUUGUGAAUCAAUUGUUAUUUUUGGACAAAUCACAUAAUAGUUGUAGCAUGUGCGCAUCACGUUUCAAGAUCCAGGAAAAAUACCUUGACCAGAUUGCAGAUUUAUAUGAGGACUUCCAUGUUACUAAGCUGCCGUUGCUAGAGAAAGAGGUUCGCGGACCGGAAAGCAUUAAAUCGUUUUCAGAGAACCUUAUGAUACCCUACAAGCCGAAGGAGUAGCCAAUGCUGCUUCUUGCUGUUCUAGUUGUAAGCAUUUUGAUGAACUUAUUGUAUAAAUGUGGUUGCGAGAUAUAAAAUAAACCCAAUUAUGCUCUGGUUUAUUGU